AUGAGUAUGUGUUCUGGACAGAAAGUUCAAUUAGCUAAAGGAGAUUUAAAGAAGGAGCAUUGCCCCAAGAAUAAAGAAGAAGAACAAGAUGAGAUGAGGAACAAGCCAUACGCUUCUCUAGUUGGAAUCAUUAUGUAUGCACAAGUGUGUACAAGGCCAAACCUAGCCUUGUGCAUUAGUAAGAUGGGGAGAUUUCAGUCAAAUCCGGGAAUGCAACAUUGGAUAGUUGGAAAUAAGGUUUUGAAGUACCUACAGAGAACAAAGAUGGCAGGAGCAGCUGUUGCUUGGAAAAGUGCUAAGCAAACUGGUGUUUCGAGUUCAACCAUGUUUUCAGAAUACAUAGCUUGCUAUGAAGCCACUUCUCAUGCAGUAUGGCUAAGGAAUUUUAUUAAAGACAUUAAGGUGAUGGACUCGAUUUCUAGACCAAUACAUAUAUAUAAUGACAACACUGCGGCUGUUUUUCACUGCAUGAACAACAAGAUGUCGUCUGGACUUCAGCAUAUUGACAGAAAGUAUUUAAUAGUGAGGGAGAAGGUAGCAGACAAACUAAUCAGGUUUGAUCACAUCAGAACUCAAGAUAUGAUUGCAGAUCCGUUCACAAAGUUUUUGCCUUCAGAAGCUUUUCUGAGACAUGUUGAGAGCAUGGGACUAUUUCCUAGCUUUGAUGCUGCAAUCUAG